AAAAUAGUUAAAUGAAUAAUCUGAUUAAUAAUAUAUGUACAUAUAUGCAAAGUAUGUUUUCAAACUAUGUAAUUUUUGUUUGUCAUUUAAUUAUAUUUGCCACUAGUGGUGGUCAAUGGACUUUGAAUUUAGAGAAAGAUACUCCAAUACCUACCAUUAAAAUUACAUCAAUCUCUAAACGUCUCUCUAUGGAACGAAAAAAACGUAUUAACAAAAUAAGACGAUUGAGUUCAAAAAAAGAAGCGAGUCAUUCUAAUGAAACUUUCACAGCAGAUUAUGGAAAAUUUCAGGAGCGCCCACUGGCGUUCAGUUCAGUAUGUGGAACUAUGAUUAGUCUAGGAGCCAGAUAG